UCCCAUUGCUAGGUCUGUGUGUUCACAGCGCAUGAGCUUGGCACGACCCUAGGUCUUCAGCCACACCUUUUGUGAGAGGCAGAGAAGGUCCAUCCCUCCGCUGCCAGGCCCUGGUGUCAGCACCUGUGGCCACCAGGGCCUUGCUGAGAAUGGGCCCUCACUGGUCCAUCUCACACCUGGGGCUGCAUUGGGCACCAGCUGCAGGAAGCCCAGCCUGGCCUCACCACACGCUGCUGGCACCGUCUGGGCUGAGGCACGGGUGACAGAUGACAGCUCUGAUAUGGGGGGAGGAGGCGAGGGCGUGCACGGGCUUCCUUCUCAGAAAGGUGUCACACUGAGUCGACGUCCACCUUCCAUCCGGGGGCAGAACACACAUCCCUGCCAUGAGAGCAUCAGCCUGGGGCACGGCAGCAGCAGAGUGGCCAGGCAUGGCAUUGUUCCCUCUGGGACUGUGGCCCCUGCUCCUGGCCUGCGGGACCCGCCCUCCCGCUCCCGCUGCAGAGUCCCUGGCCCUGGUGAGGGGUGGAAACCGCUGCGAGGGCCUCCUGCAGGUGCAGUCCCUGGGGCAGCAGGGCCUGGUGUGUGGGGACCACUGGGGCCUGCGGGAGGCGUCUGUGAUUUGCAGGCAGCUGGGGUGCGGUCGCGCCCUCUAUGUCCCCACGUAUGUGGUGUGGCCGCAGGAGGCUCAGCAGUCCUUGCUGCAGGGCGUGCAGUGCCAGGGUGUGGAGGCCUCGCUCUGGGACUGCUCCCUGGGGAAGUGGGGGUCACUGAACGGCUGUGAGUGUGAGUGCAUCGGUGCAGUCCACUGCUCAGGUAGGACGGGUGCCCCGGGAGCCACUUCUGCCAGUCUGUGGCCCUGUCCCCGCCCACGACCUUCACUUUGGGGAGGAGGGGUGUUGCCUGAGUCCCCCCGGGUGGAAGACAAGACCCUUCUUCCUGGGGUGCCUGUGACUCCAGUGCUGUGA